AUGGAGACUCUAAAGGAGAUACAAGAUCAGUUCCUAAAGUGUCCGGUGUGUUUACAGGAUUAUACAUCUCCAAAACUUCUUCCGUGCCUCCACACGUUCUGUCGCCAAUGUCUGAUAGAAGUUUUAAAGAAGUCCAUUGGGGAUGACAAUGGUAGUUCCACAGAAAGUGACUCGGAAAUAGAAAAACCUGCUCAACACGGAAAACAUUUCAACUGUCCCGUAUGUCGGGCGGAUAUAGAACUGAAAGUUCCGAAUGGGAAUUCCAACUUCGGACAAUGGACAGAGAUGUUUCCGGAUAAUCACUUCGUGAGCAGUUUAAUGGAGAAAAUUGAUAUGCAAUCUACAGAUAAAUACUGCGAAAGUUGUUGUAGAGACGGAAACAGAAUUGGUGCCAAAGCCGAAAACUGGUGUCAGACAUGUAAAGUUGUGUUCUGUGAUUCUUGUAUCAAGGCACACAAUGUCAUCAAAGCUUGCCGAGAACAUAUCGUGGUGUCACUCCGAGACAUGCGCAAUGAUCCACUUGAGUCCAUUCGAUCCAAUAAAAAGGAAAUUCCAUGUUUUCAUCACAGAGACAAAGUCAUUGAGUACUAUUGUGUUGAUUGUCACGUGACUAUUUGUUCCUCGUGCGUUGCCGUGCAACACAGACGCUGUGAAAUGGUAGAGACUUUGAUAGAUGCAGCUCAAAAGUUAAAACCGGAAACGGAGUAUGUUCAAAAGAAUCUCCAAAUGCAGAAUGAGGUUUUACGAGAAUGGCGAGAUGAACAUGAAAAAGAACUCGGCGAGCUUUCAAACAACAAAGAGUCAAUCAUGCGCGAAAUGUCGACGAUCAGGAAAAAGGUCAACGAAACUUUAGUCAAUUUAGAAAACAAACUUAUUGUUGAUCUAGAUGAGAAAAACGUUCAGACGGCAACGGUUGUGAAGGGAAGAAUGAACGAGAUUGAUGAAAUGAAGAAAAAUGUAAACAAUACUGGCACAUUUCUCAAAAAUCUUAUCCAGUUCGGCAGUGAUUCGGAACUCCUCACUGUUUUUGAUGCAAUUAAGUUACAAGUAGACGAUAUGCGUGCUAACAUCCAGAAAUCCCGUUUGAGUAAAUUGAGUACUCGACACCGACUCAUUCCUGACUCGUGUAUACAACGAUUGCUUGAGCUACGCUCCAUAGGCAAAAUCGUGGACUUAGUGGAUCUAAAAAAGGAGACUUUUCUCAGUAUGAAUGGUUUGUCAGAGAAGGACGGACAACCUCCGCAACGACGAUCUUCAAUCAAACGGACAGGAACAUUUCGUGUCGAGCGAUCACCGACUCAAUCUCCUGCCGCCUCAAUGAUGAGUUCGUCAGCAUCGUCGACGUCUUCGACGUCAAGUGAGUCGAUUGGCUCACAGGAACUAUUGUCUCCACCAAUACGAGCCCGCAGAGGAUCAUCAUCAAGACCGUCAUCUGCACGUGACACGCCAAUAUCAAGGCCAUCAUCAAGAAUGACGUCUGCGCGUGAUGCUCCAAGAGUAGCUGUGUCUAGGACAACCCCAAUUAAAUCCAGCACCCUUCCAAGAGCGCCACGCACGCCCCGGACUGAGCGGUCUCAGAAGAUCACGGACGUUAACAGAGUUAACUCCCUUCCCCGAGCUAGGAACAGUGCAACAAACAUCUCUCAAAGAAAGAAUGCGGAAUCCGAAAAUGCCGAAAAUGCAAAUAUCCCUCCUCAGACGAAAUCUCGCACAGUCCCGAUGCUUUUCUCAUUCAACGGGAAAACAGAUGGCGACGCUAAGAAGUGUUGGCCUCUUGACGUCACUAUGCUGGAGGACGGUACCCCCGUAAUCACUGACUUUCACAACAAGAAAGUCAAGGCUUUUGACGCUACAGGAAAUGUGAUGGGAGAGGUCGCCGUUCCGAGCUGGCCGCACGGAAUUGUAGACGUGGCUAGUGCAGAAGUAGCUGUUACUCUUCCGGAACUUGCUACAAUCAUGUUUGUAUCCGUACAAGACAACAAUAUGAGGAUCCGAAAACGCGUCAGGACUGUAAAACAGUACCGAGGAAUCAGCUGCGACGUCACAACUUCGCCAAACGUCCCUGUCCUAGUUGUUUCCUGUUGCGCUUCUGGUAUUCAGUGUGUCGACGUUCUUGCGCUUGACGGGACUGUUCUACAGACGUACCGCGAGGACAGACGGCAGCCGGGCAAACUUCUGUUCACGUGGCCGUAUUACGUCACAACUAACGCGGCAGGCGAGAUUCUCGUCUCAGAUUGUCAAUCUCGGAACGGUAUCAUCUGCAUCUGCCGUGACGGCGGGGUGAAGUUCGAACAAGUCCUCCCUGACAACAUCGUGUGUGAUCCACGUGGAAUCUGCACGGACCGCCAGGGAAAUCUGUUUUUGGCCGACAAGACUGGAAAUUCUAUUCACGCUCUCGGUCCAGACGGAGAGUAUAAGAGUAGAGUCCUCUGCUCCGCGGACGGACUGGCACAUCCUAUCGCUGUCUGUCUCAGUCCGUUUGGACAUCUCAUAAUUACGCAAGAGAACGGUGACGUCAAAGUAUUCAAAUAUAGCUGA